AGGAAAGGAAAGGAAAGGGGAAAGGAAAAAGGAAAAAGGAAAAAGGAAAACGGAAAGAAAAAGAAAGACCUGCAUUUGCACUGUGCUAUGUUGUGCUUUUCUCUAGGAAUUACAAGCAGGAUAUUUAUCCCAGAAAAAUGCCCUCCCUCCACAUGGACCUUUCUCCAGCCACAUCUUGUUCUUUUUCACGGUGCAUUAUUACCAACAGUGCUUGGUUAUUGCCAACAGUCCUUGUCUGUUAUUGCCAACAAUCCUUGGUUGGCUUCAGAGCCACACACACAUCAGCCCCUUAUGCCCCCCUGCACCACUCCCUCCCUCCUUCCCAGCAGGGUCCUGCCAGCCCAUUCCCAGCCCCUCUGGGCAUCAGGACUGUUCAGAUCCCACCCUGAACUCCACCCUGGUGGGACACAUCCCACCCGUCAUGGGGGGGAUCCAGCACCAGGUUGUGCAGCAGGUCCGACCUCCUGCCCUGCUGGUGCCCUUGCACUGUUCCUGCUGUUGCCUGGUUUGUGCCACCUUCCCAAACUGAACCAGUCCCCAGUGUUUUCUCAGCGUUUCUCCUACUCACAACCUGCUGUGCUUCCUCUUUCCUUUUCCUUUUGAGGCCAAGCCAGAGACAGGCUCUCCUGCCACAGAGAGGGCGGUGGGUGAGCUUUGCCUUGUGCAAAUCCUCUACCCCAAACCACAGCCUGGGUCCCCUCAAAGCAGAAAGGGGGACAGAAGGAGGGAGCUGCAGCCAGCAGUUCCCACUCCUGCAGCUCCUGCACACCCAGGACCUGUUCCCAGGUGGUGCCAUGGAGGGAGAGGUGGAUGAUCAGCAGAGUGUGGUGAAGCUGGUGGCUGUGUUUGAAGAGCACUGCAGGGACAGCAAAUUUGCCUGGAGGGAUAACCAGGCUCCUCACAGCCAGACCACUGCUGCAGCCAGCCAGCCCCAGCAGCUUCCAUCAUCCCCUGCCCACUGGAGCCUCUCCCCAAGGGCUGCCAGGCUCCAAGGGGAGCAAGAGCAGGAGGAGGAGCAGCAAGGUCAGCAUGGGCUCAGCUUCAAAUGCCUCCGUUCUUUGCGACACAAAAUCCGUGAGGACGACUGGAGGAGGCCCCAGGGCCCGGGGCUGGAGCCUGGAAAGGAGGAACCAGAGGAAAAGAAAAUCGCUCUGGAGCUGCUGGAGACAGAGCAGGCUUAUGUCAACCGCCUCCACCUCCUCGACCAGGUGUUCUACACAGAGCUGAUGAAAGAAGCCAAAACUGGAAAGACAGUCCCAGAGGAGGUGGUGAAAAUGAUCUUCUCCAACAUCUCCUCCAUCCACCAGUUUCACUCCGAGUUCUUCCUGCCGGAGCUGCAGAAGCGCAUGGAGGAUUGGAACCGCAACCCCCGGAUUGGGGAUGUGAUCCAGAAACUUGCACCAUUCCUCAAGAUGUAUGGAGAAUAUGUGAAGAACUUCGACAAGGCCGUGGAGCUCAUCACUGCCUGGUCAGAGAAAUCCCCGCCCUUCCAGGAGCUCAUUGCUGACAUCCAGAAGAGGAAGGUCUGUGCUAAUCUAACGCUGCAGCACCACAUGCUGGAGCCUGUGCAGAGGAUCCCACGCUACGAACUCCUCCUGAAAGAUUAUGUCCGGAAACUGCCGCCGGAGUCCCCCGACCGGGGCGAUGCCGAGAAGGCCCUGGAGAUGAUCUUUAUGGUGGCCAAGCACUCCAACGCAGCUAUUGCCGAGAUGGAACGGCUGCAGAACCUCUGGGUGGUCUAUCAGCGGCUGGGCCUCGAGGACGACAUUGUGGAUCCCUCCAACCAGCUGAUCAAGGAGGGACCCAUCCAAAAAGUCUCCACCCGCAACAACAGCACGUCGGAGAAGUACCUGUUCCUGUUCAACAACAUGCUGCUGUACUGCGUGCCCAAGGUCAUCCAGGUGGGCGCCGAGUUCCAGGUUCGCCUCCGCAUGAACGUGGACGGCAUGAAGGUGUGGGAGCUGAAGGACGCAGAGUUCCCUCACACCUUCCUGGUGUCAGGAAAGCAGCGGACGCUGCAGCUGCAGGCCAGGUCUGGGGAGGAGAUGGACACCUGGAUCAAGGCCUUCCAAGAUGCCAUUGACAGGAAGGAGAAGAGAAGUGAGACCUUUAAGACAGCAGUACCUGGACUGGAGACAGACACCCCUGCACUGAAGACAGAGGAGCUGGGCCGCCGAGCUCCGCAGUGGGUGCGGGACAACCUGGUGACGAUGUGCAUGCGCUGCAGGGAGCCCUUCAACGCCAUCACCCGCCGGAGACACCACUGCCGAGCCUGCGGAUACGUGGUGUGUGCUCGCUGCUCUGACUACAAGGCUGAGCUGCAGUACGAUGGGAACCGCCUGAACCGCGUCUGCCAGGAGUGUUACAUCUUCCUGACGGGCCACGCGGUGCUCGAGGAUUGGGAGGGGAAGCACAAAGGCAUCCUGGAGAAAGGAGCUGCAGAGGUAUCAAGCAGGAGUUUGCUCUGCAGUUCCCUGCAGCUGCUGGACAAGAACGGCAAGGGGGGGACGCGGGGCUGGUUUGUGAUCCCACAGGACGAUCCCCUCGUGUUGUACAUCUACGCAGCCCCCCAGGACGUGCGAGCCCACACCUCCAUCCCCCUCCUGGGCUACCAGGUGAAGGACCUGCCCCAGAGCGACUCCCGCCACCUCUUCCAGCUGGCACAGUCUGGGCAGGUCCACACCUUCCUGGCCGACACCGAGGAGCUGAAGCGGUGCUGGAUGAGGGCCAUGGCACGCUCUGCCGCAGGGAUCACGCCAGAGGAUGAGGAGGAGGAUGCAGACCCCUGUGACAAAGCAGAAUGAGCCAUUCCCACCCCUGGGCUGCCUGGGGAGUCGCCUCCCCAGCCUGUCCUGGCUGCUGGCUUCAUGCAGACCCCCGACAUCUCCGCGUUUGGGUUUUCAUCAUGACAAGGACA